AUGAAAUUUGCGCAUGAAUUUCAGCUAGCAUUGGAGAGGGAGGGAUUCCCUGCUUUUUGGAUAGCGUCUGCUGUUCCAUAUAGCCAGCUCAAAAAAUUCCUAAAAAAUAUUCAGAAGGAAUUCCAGCGUCUGGGACUGGACCCAGCUACUCUUGCUCAGCUAUCGCUUCAGUGCAAACAGGAGUUUUCUACUACAACAGAAUCUACUUCGAUUGUAUUGCCAGACAAGUUCAAAAAUUAUGUAGCACUUACCCCAAGGAUUACUUUCUCUAUCAAUCUUCGAGAGGAUAUCAACCCUGACGCAGCUCUAUCUUCAACGAUUACACGCUUUCUUGGAAACCUAGCUCAGGAUUUUAGCAACCCAAAAAAGUACCUGAGAAAGACAGAUCGUUCAUUUUUAACCUCAGAAAGGUUUUCAUCGAUUAUUCAGAAACAAGAAGAAAAGUUUCAACAAUUUAAACUUCCCUUGAAGUUUGAGGUUCAAUUUAUUGAUGUCCUUCGGAAUGAUGUUGUACUAUUGGACCUACUUCAGGACCAACAGCAAAAAUCACUAAGUUAUCAAGUAGAGACACUAUCUGCUGCAAUCUCAAGCUUGACCAAGCCCUCUAAGUUUCACAAAACUGACAUGUAUACAUGGAGAGCGGUAUUCGAUCUUUAUAUACAGGCAGGAAUAUUCUUUUCUAAUCAUGAACACGACCGGGGAACCCGAGAUAGUGCAACAGCACAAAGACAACUUGAGUGGUUUCAGAUUGAAUUAAUGCGAAGAGGUUUAGAGAAUUUGUUCAAGUUGCGGGCGAGUCGUCAAACACUAAAUCAUUUUCUGGCCCUAAAUCUUUCUCUUCUUCAAACUCUUAAAUUUCAAGAAAUUAAUCAGAAAGCUAUUUAUAAAAUUGUUAAAAAAUUUAUCAAAAGAACACGUCUUGACAUCGCGAAGCCAGUUCCAAGACUUAUUCACCCAGAUACUUCUAUAUCUGAGUCAAUUGCGAAGGCGAUUUGCUCAAAAGUCAACCAGGAUCUGAUCAGAAUUGUUCCUCAGAUAGACGAUUUUAUUUGCCCCAUCUGCCUUUCUGUUGUAUGGCGACCAGUUAAAUUGAAGUGUCAUCAUAUUUUUUGCAUCCAAUGCACAAUAUUAUUGCAAAGAGAGCGAAAAUGGCCAUGUCCACUGUGUAGACAAAACGUAGUUAUGGAGGCUAGUCAAGACGAUAUUGAUCACAAGCUUGACAUUUUUUUGAGGAAACACUUUCCCAAAGAAGUCCGCUUGAAAAGAAUUGCCGCAGAAACUGCAGAUGGCAUUGAAAAGUUUGGAAUAUAUUAUAGGCAUCCUUCAGAGGGAAGAUGCUGUAUCAUGUAA